AUGGCCUCAGACGCUAUUGCCUCUUUUUCGAGCCUGUCGAUUCAGUCUGUUAGCUCGGAGGUGUCGAGUUAUCCCAAUUGCUAUCCUGCUUUCAACCCAGUAGACAAGUACCGCGCGCACAUCGCAGAGUUGGUCGCAGAAGCUUCAGGGCUGGAACCGGCGUUUGUCUACACUAAGAUACUAUGGACGAACAUGCUGGAGAAGGGUGACUUGAUUCUCCCUGUACCGGCUCUACAGAUUAAGGGUAAGAAGCCACAAGAGAUCGCAGCGGAUAUCGCUGCCAAAUUCCCCAAGUCCGACCUGGUUGAGCCACCGGUCGUUGUUGGCGCGCAUCUUCAGUUCUUUUACAGCCAUAAACCCAUGACCGAAAACGUGAUCCGAUCGAUUUUGGCGAACAAAGACGCCUAUGGAAGCAACCCGAAUGUCGGUCUACGGGAUCAAAGAGAUGCCAGCAAAGGAAAGAAGAAAGUGGUGGUAGAAUUCUCGUCUCCAAAUAUCGCGAAGCCCUUCCACGCCGGACAUCUUCGAAGUACCAUCAUUGGUGGAUUUAUUGCGAACCUAUACACAGUUCUUGGUUGGGAAGUCCUCAAGAUUAACUACCUUGGAGACUGGGGGAAGCAGUACGGUCUGCUUGCCAACGGAUACGAGAAGUACGGCCGCGAGGAAGAGCUGCUCAAGGACCCCAUCAACCAUCUGUUUGAGGUGUAUGUGAAGAUCAACCAAGACGUAAGUGCGCAGGAAGGUCCGAUAAAAGAGCUCAAGGAACAGAUCAAGGCCAAGAAGGAGAAGAACGAAGAUGUUACUGAGCUGGAAAAGCAACUUGAGCCACUUGUCGAUGCAAGCUAUGAUGAAAAGGCCCGCCGAUACUUCAAGAGCAUGGAGGACGGAGAUCAGAAAGCACUUGACCUCUGGCGGCGAUUCCGAGAUCUUAGUAUUGAAAAAUACAAGCAGACGUACGCCCGGCUGAACAUCGACUUUGAUGUCUACUCUGGAGAGUCCCAAGUCAAGGACGAAAGUAUAAAGAAUUCCUACAAGGCUAUGGAGAGCGCGGGUGUGUCGGAAAGCUCUGAAGGCGCUGUCAUCAUCGACUUUGCAAAGCACAGCGCAAAGAAACUUGGAAAGGCCAUCGUGAUCCGAAAGGAUGGAACGCCUCUCUAUCUCACACGAGACAUUGCUGCCAUCGUUGAGCGAGACGAUGAAUACAAGUUCGACAAGAUGAUCUAUGUAGUGGCGGCUCAGCAGGAGCUUCACCUUGCCCAGCUGUUCAAGACGACUGAGUUAGUUGGAAAGAAAGACCUGGCAAGCCGAUGUGAGCAUAUCAGCUUCGGCAUGGUUAGAGGGAUGAGCACACGAAAGGGAACGGUUAAGUUCCUGAACGAUAUUCUAAAGGAUGUUGGAGAAAAAAUGCAUGAGGUCAUGCAAAAGAACCAAACCAAGUACGAGCAGAUCGAAGAUCCAGUGGCAACAGCCGAUGUGCUUGGAAUAACGUCGGUGAUGGUGCAGGAUAUGAGCGGUAAACGGAUCAACGGGUAUGAGUUCAACCUAGAGAACAUGACCUCGUUCGAGGGUGACACAGGGCCAUACCUGCAAUACGCACACGCGCGUGUCUGCUCUGUGACCAGAAAGGCCGAGAUCAAACCGGAAGAGCUAGGCGGUGCAGACCUGAGCUUACUUACAGAGUCGCAUGCCAUCGACCUGAUCCGCCUGCUCGCGCAGUGGCCGGACGUAGUAUUCAACGCCUCCAAGACGCUGGAGCCCUGUACGAUUCUGACAUAUCUGUUCCGAAUGACGCACACGCUGAGCUCGGGCUAUGAUGUCUUGAAGGUCGUGGGCAGCGAACCCGAGGUGAAGAUGGCUAGAAUGGCGCUUUAUGAGUCUGCCCGUCAAGUCCUCCAUAACGGCAUGAGACUUCUGGGUUUGAACCCUGUCAAGCGGUGA